GCUUCCCAAGAAGGCUCGGGCCCAUAGAUAUAAAGUAUGUACUUACGUUUUUUUUUUUUUGUUUUUUUUUAAAGAACUCAACCUUUUCAUGAAUUGCCGUCUUUUUUAUUUUUCCUAUCAGACUUGUGCUACAUGAGGAGAGGGAGCUCUCUGAGCAUUUGCUGCACUUAACGAGGCUUGAACACUAUUGGCUGGUUUCAUAGACAAAGACUGAAUCUUGGGUAACCUGGUCCAUGAUCCAUGAUCUCUGUUUGUGAAACCAAACCAGCAAGUUUGAAACUUGACUCUUUUUUCCAGACCGCUGAAAGGUCGUAAUUUCUCUUAGAGAGGACUGUAUUUAUUUUUUAUUUGUUUUUGGCGCGAUUCCAGAAAAAAUGGUCACCAAUUUAUUACUAUUAUUUGAAUAUUUAUACAGAUACAUGCAUGUAUAUUUUUGUUAUAGACAUUGAUAUUUAUGUAUGGCUUAAUCUGGUCAUGAAGUAUGAAUUUUUUUGACGGAUGCCUGUCUUUCCAAAAAAAAAAAAAGCCCCCUUGGUCUGUCUGAACAUGUUCAUGUGCAACGUGGAUUUGAAAUUCACUUUGCUACUCGAGUGAAACACAGAAGUAUUUUUUUAUACUAUGAUUUAUGUCUCGUAUUCCAAAAUCAUUGCUAUGUCUUCUUUAUAGUUGUAUAUAUGUUUAUGUAUGUAUAUGUACAGAUCUACUUGUCAUUAACAGUAUAAUAGGGGUCGUAAUGAACUAAACAUCUUUCGUUUAGGUUUUUUCUUUUUUUCAUUUGUUCUUUUAAACAGUCCUUUCUGUUGGACAUUGUGUAUUCCGACUCAAAGAAAUGUAAAAGCUUUAGCUUCAUUUAGCUAUAUCUUUUCCGUAGCUUCAUUUACCUUUUUGUCUUUUUUAUAUCUUAACAACCAAGAUGUUACCGCAAGCCUUGUCACUCUGUGCCUGUUUAUUAUUGGUUUACAUGUCAUAUCUUGUAUGGUUUACUUUUGAAAAACGCUAUGCUGCUGUAUCCGUUAAAACAAAGUUGACCUUACACAGAUUUGUUUUUGUUUUUAAAUAUAUCAAAUUUUGGUUAAAUCUUCCAGUAUGGUAUUACGGUGUGUAACAUGUUAUUGUUUGUAACUGUAACAUGUAACGAUAGCAUCUUGGGGAGAAACGAAGCAAUGCUGGGGUGCAUUUCUCAAAACCAAAGUUGCUUACUACAUUAGCUACUUUGUUGUUUUCAAUGCAUUUUCCCAUUGGCAACUACUUAAGUUGCUAACAGGCUGACAACUUCUCUUUUGAGAAAUGAACCCUAGAUGACACUGUGAAGGUGAUACUGUGUAGCCUACCUUAGCCAAGUUCUUGUCUGCCCUUACUGUUAGUACUUUUAAGUGUUUAGCACUAAGGAUCACAGUAUUGCGACAUUGUGAAUUUCUAAACCCCAAACUUCAGCUGUUACAAACUUGCAAACUGAUGCGAACGGUUCAGUUUUGCUUAAACGUGUAUCAGUAUACUGGUUGAUUGUACAGUGUUUGUUUACAGGUGCUUUUUUAAACCUGGAGUGUAUGAUUUGGGUCCAUCUUGGUGUUUUCAAAUGCCACUAAAUUAUAAACAUCUGACGUGUUAUAACACCAGUAUAUUAAUGUAUAUAACAUUUAGGCUAUUUUUCAGCUUUGGUUCAGCGAUGUAUGGGAACACUGACCUGACAAUGUUGUUACCAUAGGCUUAACAAAGUUAACUGUUACAUCUGUCGGUCUAUCAACUCUAUGUAAAUAUAUGUAAGUACUAGAAAACGAAAUGUAUAUAGAUGGACUUUUUUCUUUAGUAAAGGUGUUUUGACAAAUUCAAAUUCUCAGCUUCUGUCUCUUUUAUUGAUUGUCCAUUUAUCCAUCAUAUGACUCAAGUUGUAUUUUCACUGAAAUAUAAUUUCUGCUGUGUGCAAUGAUAAUUUCUCAUGAAUGCUUGAUGCCAUGAAAUGUUCACCUCUGCAGACAAAAUGGGGACUCUGAUAGAAACUCCAACUCCCAGAAUCCCUCAGUGCCGUUUCCUGUGUCUAUGGCCAGCUGAUUUCCUGUGUCUUUAAAUUCGCUGCCAUCAAUCUGGUGUUUUUCAAGUGGAUAAAGAUCAACCUCAAACGAUGGGUAGACCUCCACUUUUACGAUAGUGUUGUCGUUGUAGUUGUACUGCUAUGCUGAUGUGGUGUUGUAUGUGCAAGUGAGAGAAAGGCGCCGAUUUCAGUCGCCAUCAAAGGUUGGCAUUUUCUGUGUUUCGGUUCCCCUUUUUAUGCCGCAGUCUCAGCAAAAAAUAACAUUAGCUGGUUAGCUUUCGUUUCUGAUAGCGUGUUUUUCUGUCUGCCUUCGCGUAUCUGAAGGGUGACCUUAUAGUUCAUCUGUUUACAGAAUGAGUUUUUGCAUUGCUCAUUUCUUUAGCGACUCGCGCUGUUGCAGUGGGAUUCACUGAUUGUUGACAUUAGCUGUUUGGUUAGCUAUCGUGAGAGCAGCAAAACACAUCACAGCUAAAGUUAGCUGCGCUUUCUGCUUUUAGCUAGGCUGACAACCUGCACCAUCCUGCAUUUCCCUGACUGGUAAGCGUGCCUGGUGCCUUUACAGUUUGUUGAUACAGGAUUUCGCUGUCAGUGCCAGGUUUGUGGUCAGGGGAAAGACUGCUCUCCAAGUGAGGCAUUGCGAGUCCAAGAAGAGCUUACGACAUGCUAACUUAAGAGGAAUAUAAUGUAAGCUGCUAACCAGAUGUGUUAUUCAGGAGGUACAAGCUAACAUACACUGUACAUUUUGUUAACAGGUGAAAUAAAACGUUCGAGUGAGAUUGUAAUAUAAUUGAGGUAAGCUUUAACCAACAACCAUAUAGCCAGGUCAUUAUUUGUAAACACUGGUGGGCGCGCGCCAUCAGCUGUCGCGUCUAUAAAUGAUAGCGGUGGCUCGAGUUUUAUGUGCGUUUGCCAGACAACAUACUAGUCGGGAGUGUUGAAGUGGAGCUCUUGACUUAGUGCCAGGCGGUGGGUAGCAGAAAAGGGGUUGGGGGGUACGAAGUGCUGAACCGCACACAGGGUCUUUGUGCCAAGGGGUUCGCCCCCCUUCAUCGCCGACGACGCAUCUCUACACAACCUGUCUGCUGCUCUUCCACCUCUGCCCGCAGUCAUGACAACUCAAAGAGACCCCGAUGCGGUGAAUCUUCGCCUGAUUCUGGUCAGCGGUAAGACCCAGGACUUCACAUUCUCACCCAACGACUCGGCCACCGACAUUGCCCGCCAUGUCUUCGACAACUGGCCUGAGGGUUGGGAGGAGGAGCAGGUGAGCAGCCCCAGCAUCCUGCGCCUCAUCUUCCAGGGACGCUUCCUGCACGGCAACGUCACGCUUGGAGCUCUGAAGCUCCCCCCUGGCAGAACAACUGUCAUGCACUUGGUUGCCAGAGAAACCCUGCCGGAGCCCAACUCUCAUGGCCAGAGGAACAGAGAGAAGACCACAGAGAGCAGCUGCUGCCUAUUGUUGUGAAAGAACGAAAGAAAGAAGAAAAUCAAGAAACGAGAAACAAAGAGAGAAUGACAGAAAUGACAGACCCCAAAAACUAUUGCCACAUCCACGUCCCCCAUCCCCUAUCUCCAGGACUUCCUCUCAUCUCUUCUACUCCAUCUCAGCCUACGCCCAGUCACACUUGCGUAGCUCUCUCUCUCUCUCUCUCUCUCUCUCUCUCUCUCUCUCUCUCUCUCUCUCUCUCUCUCUCUCUCUCUCUCUCUCUCUCUCUCUCUCUCUCUCCUGGUGGAGUGUUUUUUGAAGUGAUUGAUUUUAUUUCUUUUAUUAUCGUUUUGCCUGAGAACUCUUCAAAACGGAACAGAACUGGAUCCUUUUUUUUGCCGUAGCUCUUAAACACCGUUUUGUUUUUGCCAACCAGACCCCCCCCCCCCCCCCCCCUUCUCUCUUUUUGGUGCCAAGUUAUAUUAGCAGAUAUUUUGUUGUUGUUGCCAAAAAGAACUCGCAUCGAGAUUUUACUAAAGGACAAAUAAAGAAAAAACAAUGAACUCUGGAUAUGGACAAAACAGACUAAACUGUGUACAGAAUGCUGCCAAAAUUGGGCUCUGGUCGCUACGGGUGAUGAGAGAGGUGAGUGGGAGUGAAGGUCUUGACGAGGGAUAGGACCCGACCCUGUUGUCCCUUAAAGAGGGGUCAAAUCGUUCAACUUGGCAUUUGAGAGGAUGUCGCUGGGUUUUUUGAACGUUCCAGGGCUGCUCCUUGAUGACUUUUUAAAUGGGAUGUGAAGUGAAUGAUCUAUGCCCCUGAUGACUUUUUAAAGAGGAUUUCAAGUGAACUCUCCAUGCUCUUAGGGCUCCUACACUAGACAUCUGCUGCAGUCAAAUGUUUUGUUUCUCUGCGCCAAUAAAAGACUUGGCCUUUUGGAGGGUUCGAACACACUCCCCUUCUCUGGGACGACUUUUGAAUUUCAAAGUUUCAGUGGAUUCAAGCACUCCCCUCCUCUGAGAAGUCAUGCUGGAGAGGAUGUUGAGAGGGAUUGAACGUUUCCCUUGGACUUUGCACAUGGGGACAGGACAAGAGAGGUGUCCCAUACAUGUCCGUGACAAAAGACACUUUUCCUCCUUUGUGACGCUUUUCUCCGUGUCAGAGCUGGCCCUGUGGCAGCCUUGAGAACGGAUGGGACAACGAAAUCAUGCCUCAAGUUGUGAAAAAUAAAACACUUGUUUUUUGGGUGUGUGUACUGUACGCCUGUGUGCGUGCUCGUGGUUCUGUAGCCAGAGACUUUUUUUUGUUUUGGACUGCACUUAACCUUGGAACUUUAUCUUCACUUAAUCGUGUGUUUUUAAUGGUCUUAAUGGCACAACAUAACCCCUCCCCUCCCUCCCGUCUCUGUCUCCCCGCCUGCCUCCCCUACACACAGUUUGCCAUUCUCAACUUGCCUGCUAGUGAUGUGCCAUGUGUCACCGAAAAAAAAAAACCUUUUAUCAUCCAAAUAUGAAUCUGCCUAUUUAGCUGUAUCUUCCAGAGGUGUCUAAAGUAGAGGUACUCUUACUUGUGUGAUUACAACACUAGUACAUGCUCUUACGUAGUCUUUACACCAGUUACUCCAUCGUACCUAAUAGGGAUGUAAAUAAAAUCGAAAUGUUUCGAUGUAUCGGAAGUAUCGGCCGCCGAUUUAAUCGAAUCGCAUCGUAGGACAUUCUUAAGAAUCGAAAAGAAUCGAAUCGUUGGCCCCUGAGCAAUGCCCUAG